AAAAGUGUUUAUAUUUUAUUUCAUUUUGCACGCUUUUAUAAUUUCCCCACAUCUACUGCUCAACAAUUAAUCAUCGAAGACGCCACAAUCCACCAAAGGAACCAAGCUCAAUUCGGACCUGCCUAUAAAAAUCAGCAAUCAAAUCGGAGAAGUGGAGACGAACCGGAAAAGUGGCUACCAGUAGCAACAGUAGUACAGCGGACGGCAGGCAAAAUGUCAAAGAAUUAUAUCUCAAAGGAAGAGGCUAUCAAUCAGUUGUAUGCCACAAUCAAGACGAAAUUCGAACAAGAUGGCGUGUUACAGGAAGUGCGUUGCAUGUUGCAAACCAAAAUGGUGGCCAUGAUGAAAGGUAAGAAUGAUGGUCAAACCACAUUACUGGGACGCAAACUACCCGACCUAAGUAAGCUGAGCGCUAGCAGUAGUAUACCAGCGUCUAGUGAGAUAGACGACCAGGAACAACGACAAGAUCCACGUUUGAAGAUGAUGCAACAGCUGAUCAUGGAGUACUUUCAUUGGCAUGGCUUUCACUACACAGCCGAAAUGUUCGCACAGGAAAGUGGCGCGGAGAAUGUGCGUCCGUCGCGUCAGCAACUCGAACGUGCGGUCGGUUCGUUCGAGCAUAAAAGUCUUCCCAUACUACUGGAGCUGGUGGCCGAACUUAUGGAGAAAAACCAGCCUUAG